AUGACGGCUGCGUCAAAUGUGCAAACCGAGAGGGUUAUACAAGAAGUACGACUUCGACCAUGUCUUUGGAAUCUCCGCGACAAUUCAUAUAAAAAUAAAGACGCGAAAUUAAAGGCAUGGAAAGAUGUUUGCGAAGCUGUUUGUCCGAAUUUCGGAGAUAGUUCAGGUGAAGAAAAAAAACAAAUCGAAAAAGCUGUUCAGUUAAGAUGGAAGACCGCCCGUGAUGCAUACAUGAAGUGUAGAGCAAAUCUUAAGACAUCGAAGUCCGGUUCUGCAGGGGGUGUCAAAAAGAAGUAUAUUUUUUUCGAUAUAAUGACGUUUUUGGAAGACACAAAGGACUUUGAACCCACACAUGAAAGUAUGGCUUUAACAUCGUCGCAGACCUCCCAAAAUGUUGCUUCAACGUCAUCGCAAAACUCGCAAAGUAUUUUACCUAUUACCACGACCCCGGACUUGCCAUCAACAGAAGAAACAUUUCAGACACCUGUGCUGGCUUCUCCAAAACCGUGGCAGAGAAAAAAAAGAGAUGUAUGA